AUGUCUGAGGGGUUUAAAAAGAAUGUAAAAUCAUUCACACCUUAUAGAGCAAGACCAUCAGAAAUUGGCUCUGUUGAUGCUUCAAUUGAUCCAAUGAGACAGGUUAGACUAAGAGUUUAAAAUUCAUUAGAUCUUUAAGUGUAAUAAUUAUCAACUGAUUAACCUUUCUCUACGAACUUAUUUAUUAAUCCUUAAUACACUACUUUUGAUAUUUCUCAAAGAGUAUCAUUAGAUGGAAAUAUUGAUUUUAUGUUUAACAAUUUAAUAGGAACAUUUGUUAAUAGUUCUCUUGAUAGUAAACUUAUUCAGAAACCAUUAGAUAUAUUUCAAUCAUAAAAUAGACAAAUAAAUCCAACAUUGUCUUCCUUUUUUAAUUCACCAAGACAAUCAAUUUAUCCAUUCUUACAAUAAUCAUAACAAAACGAAAUGCCUAGACAUUCUAAUAACAGUUUAGAUAAGUAGAUCAAAAUAACUUAAAUAAAUUCUCCAUCUUAAUUUAUUAUUAGACCACCUUCAAUUCAACAAUAAUAGAUCAAUGUUAACCUUAAUCAUUUUAAAAAAGAAGAAUUAAAAUUACUUAAUCAAGAUGAUUCUGAUUAAAGUGAAGUUGUCUAAAGUGAAAGUAGUUGGAAUUAAAAUAAAGAUGAAAAAAAAGAAAUCAAAAUUAAUAGACGCACUAGAAAAAGAUGUAUAAUCUAAGAAAGUUCUGAGUCAUAUAAAAUUGGUAGAAAAAAGAAAGGAUCAAAAGUAAAUGAUACUAAAAACAUUACUAAGAAUUUUUCUAAAGCUAUCAUUUCUUACAUUCUCAAUAAUGAAUAGAUGAUUUAAGGCUUUAUGAAAAAGGAUUAAUAUGAUAAUUUUGUUUAGUUAUUAAAAACUAAAAAAAAUUAAAUGACUAAUAUUAAAUAAUUAAGAGAUCUUUGGAUAGAUGGAGGUAAGAAUCCUGAAUUUAAUAGAGUUUUUAGAAUUAUAAGGUAUAAUUAAUUAUUAUAUUCUUUUAGUUAAUAUUUCUUAAGAAAUUAAUCUAUAGCUUAUGUAUAUAAUUCAAGAAUUUCUAAUACUGCUUGGCAUUUAAAAUAUAGAUAAAAUCUUUUAAGGGCCCUUAAGGAGCCUGAAAAUUUUAAAUUCAUCAAAAUUAUAUGAUUAAAUACAUUUAAAAUAAAAUGAUUUUCCUAUUAAGUAAUUUUGUUAUGAUUUUAAUUAAUUUUUUAUUGCUUCCAUAAUGAAGAAAGAGGAUUAUAGAAUUAUACUCUAAUACUCACAAUUAACAUUAAAUAGACUCACUGCCCCUUAUUAUCAUGAGAAUAAAGGUUGCUAAUUCAACCUUUUUGAAUUAGAUAAACCAACCUAAGCUGCAUUAGAAUAAGAUGAAUCAAAAUAAUUUACAUGUCCAGUUUGUCAUUUAAAGGGUAAACUUAAAUUAGAUAUACUUUACUGUUAAAAUGAAUUUGUAAAUGAGAAAAAUUAAUUAGUUGUUAACUAAUCCAAUCAAUAAAUCUUAAAAAUAUAGAAAUAAAAUUACACUCAUUCAUUUUUAAGUAAAGAAUAAGAAGUAUUGGAAUUAUAAUAGUAAUUUAAUUCUCAAAUACUAUUGAAUGUUAAAUUCUAAAAUCAAUUAACAUUGUAAUAUAUAGAAAAAAUUAACUAAGAUGUAUAUAAUCUUUAUAAAUUAGAGAAAUAAUGAAAUAUUUUAAAUUUUUCGUCGAAAUUCUUAAUUAAAUUUACCUACUUUAAUAGGUAUAAUCAAUUUUAAAUUAAUUCUCUUUUAUCAUAUUUCUAAAACUAAAUUAGAAUUUGAUCUUUAUGAUGAUACUAAUAAAAAAAAUUGCAUAAAAAUACAUGAUUAUUAGACUUCAGGCAAUAUUAGAAUUAAGUAAGUUGACUUGAUUGAUAAUUAUAUUUAUAUAAUCAUUUAAUAAGAAAGUUUUUUUUAAUUAUAUAGAGGAAGAUAUAAUUAAAUUUUUAAUGAAGAUAGAAAUGAAGCAAUUUUUUAUGUUUCAUAAAUGCCUGGAUAUACAUUAUUAGGGGAAUCAAGAUUGUUACAAUUUAAAAAAUAAAAAUCAAUAAUGAUUGGAAGUAUAUUCUUGAUAUUUAUAAAUUUAAUUAGAUAAAGGCUCAAUAAUUGUGAAAGAUAUUAUUGAUAAUAAUGUUGUUAUGAAUUAAAAUUUAAGGAUACCAGAAUUAAAUGAAAAUUCUUAAUUAGUUUAAUUACUUGAUUCUUAAAUCUUGUUUGUAGAUUAAAAUAUAAUGGCUGAGGUAGGAGUUAUAAAAGAAUAUAAUUAUUCUGAAUAAAAAAUCAUAAAAAUAAUAUAGAAUAAUAUAUUCAAUUAAAUAUUUGAAAAUGACUUACCAAUAGUUCAUAAUUAAGUUUUAUAUUUAUUGAAUAGUGAAAGAUUGAAUAAUUAAAAUAUAUAGGUUUAAUAUAUAAUGCCAGGUAGGGAGAAUAAUUGUUUCACAAAGACAAUUUAGAUUUUAAAUCAUAAUAGCUAUAUGAAAGUAAAAAUAAUACCUACUACUUAAACAUAAGUUGGAAUAGUGAGUUGUAUUUUGAUUGGAUUGAUGUUCUAGAGUAGUUAAAUAAUAUUUCCUGGGAUAUUAGUGUUUAAUGAUAAAAAUAAUUUAAUUGAGAUUGAGCUUAUAUGAGAAACAUUAUAUAAUAUUAAUUAAUCCGUUUUGCCAUGCCAUUAAAGGCUUUUAUGUUUGGAAUUAUUCUUAUUUCAGCCUUAGUGCUAGCUUAAACUAAUGUUGAGUUAAGUGAGAUUGAAACCAAUCCCAUACCUACUAUGGUUAAUUUUGAUGGGUAUUAAAGAAAUGAAGAUUAAAUAUAAUAACAACAGGAAUAUUUUAAUUUUGAUGACACUUUCACAUCUUCAAAUACACAAGUAAUUCAAAAUAUUGAAAACAAUUAAUCUGUCGAAGAUCCAAAUAAUUUUAUUUUAGACCAAGAGGAUGUUUCUACUCUUAAUUCAUAAAUAACUACUAUGACUAACAAUCAAAAUUAUAUAUAAGUAUUAAAUCUUGUAAUAAAGAGGAUGUAAAUGAUAUACCAUAAUUAGAUAUGAUUCAUACUUAAAGUACUUAAACUAUUAAUUAACAAGAUUCAACUAACAUAUGUAUUCAAUUUAUAUAAUAUUAGCUGAAACUUAAUCAAAGAAUACAAAUUCUAAUUGUAUAGUUAUCUAUUCAUAAUGUCAUUUCAAAGGAGAGUCACUUCAGUUAUGUGAAUCUUAAAGGAAUAUUGAGUAAUCAUUUAUAUAAAUUAAGUGACUUUGAUCAUGAUAUUAAAUCAAUAGAAAUACCUAAAGGAUAUUCUGUCAGACUCUAUAAUAAAGAAGAUUUCUCAGGAGAAAAAAUUGUUUUAAAGGAAAGCUAGGAAUGUCUAAUUAAACCAUUAGCUUUGACAUAAUUAAAAGAGAAAUAAUGGAAUAAAUUUACGAUUCUAGCUUAAAACAUUAAUUUAAGAGCAAUCUGAAGGAAU